AUGGACAUCAACAGUGGAUUGACAGGGAAUGGCAAUGGUUAUGAGCUUGCAUUUCUUUUUAACGUAUCUUAUCUACAUCUCCUGCUGAAAUACAUGGGAACAUCCCAUUGGCGGAUUUCGGAGAUCAAUGAGAAUAUCCAGAUGCUGAAUAAUGUCUCCCUGGGUUUCAACAUUUAUAAUGACUACUUCACUGGAAGCUUAACUUAUCUUGCUUCACUGGAGCUUCUGUCUACACGGGACAAGUUCAUUCCAAACUAUAAAUGUGAUGUCCAAGGUAUUACUGUGGCUGUCAUUGGAGGACCAAACUCCAAGGCAUGUCUUUUCAUGGCAACCAUUCUGAGCAUCUAUAAGAUACCACAGCUUGGAUAUGGUUCUUCUCCUUUGAUUAAUGACCCAUCCCAACAAGCCUUUUUCCAAUGGAUGUUCCCUAAUAGAAACCAACAGUAUAUGGGGAUGCUUCAGUUGCUUUUGCUUUUCAGAUGGACCUGGAUUGGUGUCAUUUUUAUACAUGAUGACAAUGGCCUAAGGUUUGUACAGAAUGAACUUCCCAAAUUUUCCCAGGGAGGUGUCUGCUUUGAUUUUAUAGAACCAUUGCCAACCUUGUAUUUUAAAACUGGCAUUCAUGAAAUGAUAGAAUCAUGGGUCAAAACAUACCAAUUGAUAAUUAGUAGCACAGCCAAUGUUGUGUUCUUACAUGGUGAAAUUCACACUACAAUCUUUUUGAGAAUGUUUCCCCAAAUUUCAGAACUUGAAAACAUACCAAUGAAAGCGGGCAAAGUCUGGAUAAUGACUGCACAAAUGGAAUUCACUUCUGUUCCUUUUCAACAAACUUGGGAUCUAGAUAUUCUUCAUGGUACCCUAAUCUUUGCAAUUCAUUCUCAGGAUGUGGUGGGUUUCCAAAAUUUUCUUCAGAAGAGAAACCCUAAUAUGGAAACCACAGAUGGUUUUAUUAAGGACUUUUGGAAACAAGCCUUUCUUUGUUCCUUUUCAACAUCCUUGGAAGAGGAGAUUGUUUGGAAUCACUGCAGUGGGGAGGAAAAGCUAGAGGCUCUUCCUAGGUCUGUUUUUGACAUGAGAAUAACAUCCCAUAGCUAUAGCAUUUACAAUGCAGUUUAUGCUGUGUCCCACGUAUUGCAGUCCAUGACUUCAUUAAAGUUCAAAUAUAGAACUAUGUCAGAAGAAGGACAGAAGAAGAUCUUGAAGCAACAACUGUGGCAGAGUCGAAUGGGCCAACUCACCAUAACCAACUCACAACUGCCAAUUUGCCAUCACAACUCAAUAUACACCACAGUCCAAAUAAAGAGAUUUGGUUUUAUCUUUUCAGACUUGGAAUUUUGCUACCAGUGUCCAGAGGAUCAUUAUCCCAGCAAAACUCAGGAUCAGUGCAUCCCAAAAGAGAUCAGCUUUCUAUCUUUCCAUGAACCUUUGGGGAUCACCUUGACCAUUUUUGCUCUUUUAUUUUCCUCCAGUACAGCUCUGGUCCUCGCGGUCUUCAUUCAGCAUAAGGAUACUCCCAUAGUCAAGGCCAACAACCAGGAUCUCAGCUACAUCCUCCUAGUCUCCCUUCUGCUUUCCUUUCUCUGUUCUUUACUUUUCAUUGGUCAGCCUCAGAUGACAACCUGUCUGCUUCGCCAAACUGCUUUUGGCAUCAUCUUUUCUGUGGCGGUUUCUUGUGUGGUGGCCAAAACCCUCACUGUAGUUCUAGCUUUCAUGGCCACCAGGCCAGGCUCCCAGAUGAAGUCAUGGGUGGGGAAAAGACUGGCACUUUUUAUAGUGCUUUCCUGCUCUUUCAUUCAAACCAGUCUUUGUACUGUAUGGCUAGUGAGCUCUGCUCCCUUCCCAGAUCUUGAUAUGUACUCUCUGCCUACAGAAAUGGUCCUGGAGUGCAAUGAAGGCUCCCCUGUCAUGUUUUAUUGUGUCCUGCGUUUCAUUGGUCUCUUGGCUAUGAUCAGCUUUUCAGUGGCUUUUCUUGGAAGGAACCUUCCAGACAGUUUCAAUGAAGCCAAAUUUAUCACUCUCAGCAUGCUGCUCUUUUGUAGUGUUUGGAUUUCUUUUGUUCCAGCCUACCAAAGCACCAAAGGGAAAUACAUGGUGGCUGUGGAGAUCUUCUCCAUCUUAGCCUCAAGUGCUGGAUUAUUGGUCCUCAUUUUCUCCCCCAAAGUUUACAUCAUCUUGAUAAGGCCUGAGCUGAAUAACAGGCAACAACUCAUGCAAAAAAACAUCAUAAAAUGA